GCUAUUGGGGUGGUUUUUCACGCACAGACCUGGCAACCCGUUCCGGUUGAUCCACAGUCUGCAAAAUGGCGACUUCCCUAGGCUCCAACACUUACAACAGACAGAACUGGGAAGACGCGGAUUUUCCAAUUUUGUGUCAGACAUGUUUAGGAGAAAAUCCUUACAUUCGUAUGACCAAGGAAAAAUAUGGGAAAGAAUGCAAGAUCUGUGCUCGGCCCUUUACAGUGUUCCGAUGGUGUCCAGGAACACGGAUGCGUUUCAAAAAGACAGAAGUCUGUCAGACCUGCAGUAAAAUGAAAAAUGUUUGUCAGACAUGUCUGCUGGACCUGGAGUAUGGUUUGCCUAUCCAAGUCCGAGACACUGGACUCUCCGUUAAAGAUGAGGUUCCUCGGUCAGAUGUGAAUAAAGAGUACUACACACAGAACAUGGAGAGAGAGAUAGCCAAUUCCGAUGGCACUCGGCCAGUGGGCCAGCUUGGUAAGGCUCCAAGUUCUAGUGAUAUGUUGCUGAAGUUGGCUCGGACCACACCAUAUUACAAGAGGAACCGGCCACACAUCUGCUCCUUCUGGGUCAAGGGAGAGUGUAAGAGAGGGGAGGAAUGUCCCUACAGGCAUGAGAAGCCCACAGAUCCUGAUGACCCUCUAGCAGACCAAAACAUAAAGGAUCGUUACUAUGGCAUCAAUGACCCAGUGGCUGACAAAUUACUAAAGCGGGCUUCAACUAUGCCCCGACUGGACCCACCAGAGGACAAAUCCAUCACCACUCUCUACAUUGGGGGGUUGGGAGACACUGUUACAGAUGGAGACCUCAAGAGUCACUUCUACCAGUUUGGUGAAAUCCGAACCAUUACCAUAGUCCAAAGGCAGCAGUGCGCUUUCAUCCAGUUUGCCACGCGGCAGUCAGCUGAAACGGCUGCUGAAAAGUCCUUCAACAAACUCAUUAUUAACGGACGAAGACUCACUGUCAAGUGGGGAAGGUCCCAGGCAGCAAGAGGAAAGGAGGGAAUCAAAGAUGGUGUCAGUGAGAUGGGUACCAGACUUGAUCCUGUGCCUGGACUGCCUGGAGCUCUGCCUCCACCGCCAGCUCUAGAUGAAGAGCCUCCUGCCAACUACUUCAACCUUGACCCCAGCUCCUCUCCUGCUGUCAUGAACAUUGCAUUACCCCCACCUCCAGGCAUCAAUCCACCUCCUCCAGGCUUUGGCCCUCCAAUGUUUCACCACAUGGGUCCCAUGGCCCCGCCUAUGCCCCCUCCAAUGAGCAUGAGACCUCCAGGUCAAAUCCACUACCCCUCUCAGGAUCCUCAGCGCAUGGGUGCCCAUGCUGCACAUGGAGCACGUCAUGGCGAUUAGCAGUCAGAGGGAAGUCGUGCUGUUAUUAGAUGUCGCUCUUCUCCUUGUAUUCAACCUGGUCAGGACACAUUGCAAACUGGCAGUGAACCCAAAGGCAACGUCUGGGAGCAGGACAUCGCAUAGAAAACAGUCGGGUUUUUUUGUUAUGUUUUUUUUUUUUAAUACUCCACCUGCAGAGCAGUGAAUGAUGUGAAGAAGCACCAUCUGUGUCUGGAGAGACGACAACCAGGAUCUUGCAAGUUGUCAAAAAGUAGCCAAAACGGCAUCUGAACACCGGAGCCUAACGUUUUAAAAGACUUUAAAAACA